AUGCUAUCACUCGCUAUAAAUUCAUAUACCACCCCGUCAAACUAUGAGCUCCUGGAUCUCUCAACUCCAGAGCUAUCCUCUCCAACGGACGUCCUAGUCAAAGUUCAUGCAGCAAGCAUCAAUCCCGGCGACGUCAAAACGGCUGCAGGCGCAACGAGGGUCAUGAUGCCCCUUACUUUUCCAUAUAAACUCGGAUUGGAUCUGAGCGGGACAGUCGUGCGCGUUGGGGAAGCAGUCACCGAGUUUGCUGAGGGCGACGAGGUAUUUGGGAUGCUGCCUUUAACAACACGAGGUGGUUCCGUGGCGGAAUAUGCCUUGAUAUCCUCAACAAGGCUCGUACAUAAACCAACGUCCAUUUCGCACACCGAAGCAGCUUCCCUUCCUUGUGUUGCCGUCACCGCUUUACAAUCCCUCGAAAGGGCUAACACCGUCAUCGAAGGGGGCCUGUCCGGAAAAACAGUCUUCAUCCCGGCUGGUCUGAGCGGGACGGGCUCCAUCGCAGUUCAACUAGCCAAGCGGGUAUAUGGUGCAGGGAAAGUGAUUACCACCGUAUCAACGUCGAAGAUCGGUAAGGUGGACGAAUUUCUGGGCGCCGGUGUUGUCGAUCAAGUGAUUGACUAUACGAAGGAGGACGUCUUGAAGCUUGUGGAGAAAGGUAGCGUAGAUUUUUUCUAUGAUACUGCGGGGGCGAGCAUGCAGUACAUCUCGGUGAUGAAGAAGGGCGGGUUAAUUAUUUCGAUCACGACGAUGCCUUCGGGAAAAGAGGUCGCCAAACUUAUGCCUGACGCGCCGUAUAGCAUUCUCCGCGUGCUUGAUGUCUUGGACUGGGUUAAUCGAUGGAGAGUUUGGUGGUGGGGUGCUCGGUUAGAAGCUCGGGUGGAGACGGUGGACACAAGUGGUGUUGCUCGAGUAUCGCAGCUGGUUGAGGAAGGCAAAGUUAAGGCUGUUGUUGGUCGGACCGCGGAUCUGAAUGAUUUGCAGGGGAUAAAGGACGCUUGUGCAGAGAUAAAGGCGGGCAAAGGAGGCCUAGGCAAAUUUGUCGUCGUUAUGAGUGAAGGAUAG